GAGAUAUUUCUGUGCGGAAUUGAGUCAGGAUGGUUAAUAGUAAUGUUUUGGACGGCUUUCUGGACAUUUCUCGGACUUUUUUUUAUUGUUAUUGGCAUUUGUGGUUGCUUAUUGAGUUUGUGUCCAAAUGAAGAAUCACAAACUGAUGAUGCUAGUCAUGAUGAACAAACAGUUGUCAACAUUAAUUCUUCAUCAAACCCAAUGCAUGAUGUUCCUAGGGCAGAACAGUCAGUGCAAUUCAAUAAUCAACAGAUAAGAACUACCAGAAAUCAUUUAGAUGAUCCACCACCAUCUUAUGAAGAUUGCUUUAGAUAAGUUUACAAUUUGGAACGAAAUCGUCUGAAAAUCUCGUAUAAAACUGCCUUUAAGGCUUAAUCUCAUUGCCUUAAAUAAUCGUACACAAAUUUAACAAAUAUGAAUUUCGUACUUCUAUUAUCUGUUAAGUUUAAUUUAUUUUCGAAUUUUACCAGUUGAUUGUAAAUAAAAUAUGUAAAAUGUUCUCUCAA